AUGUCCUUCUCGAGUAGGAAUGCCUACUACCUGAGGGUGUCGAACUACCGGACGAUUCCUCUGUUCCUGUAUCUCGACGAACGACAUGUUGACUGGAUGUCAGACGUCGUGCUUCAGCGGGUCAUGGCGGCGCUCCAGCCGCGUAUGAAGGACCUGCUACAGGAGGCCUGGGCGCGGCAGUCCAAGAGCGGGGCGGGGGAAAAGGCGGGAAAGCACAAGGUACACGUCGACCGGGGCGAGGGAUACCAGUACUGUUACUGGCUGAGAGGGACGACCCGAACGGAGGUCAUUCUGCUCAAGCAAAAGACGUUCUCGCUCCGUCCGCCUACGCCUCCUCCAGCCAGCAAGUCGGCUGAGUCGCCUGCGCGAGCGCGGACUUCGACAGCACGGUCUCGGACCCGCUCAAGGUCCGUCUCGCAACGACCAGCAGAUGAGGAGAGCAAUUUCGGGGAUCCAGAGGAGCGGGACGACGAUGACGAGGACGUCAAGCCAGUCCUGCCCGAGGAGGCGGAGGUCAACAUCAAGGACUACAAACCAGACGUCUCAGUGACGUAUAAAGGCUUUGGCACCUCCUCCUUACAGCUUGUUCUGAUCAUCGAACCAUGGCCUCCUCUCCCCUCCUCCUCUUACGCUCCCCCCUCAUCCCGUCUCUCCACCCGCUCCGCCUCGGUUGCUUCCACGUCCGCUCGGUCUCGUACGGCGGCAUCGCGGAGCUCCCGCUCGGGGAUGAGCGGGUCCCGGUUUACGGAUACCGCCCCCCUCGAGCCGACGUCAGUAGAGCCGGUCAACGUUGCCAACAUGCGGAACGCCUCUCGGUCGAUCUCGACCACACCUCAGCCAAAUUCUCGGCGAGGCGGAACGGCGUCAGCUACUCCGUUCAGCACUUCGGGUACACCAGGGCCUUAUGCGCCCGGAGCUUCCUCUCGGAGAUCGGGUACACCACUCUUCUUGCCGGGACCGCGAGAUACCCCGUUCGACAUGGACGAGGAGGACGAGGAAGCGCACGAGAAGUACACGGCGGCGCUGCGAGAGGGCCGGGUCAGGCUGCCGUCGGUGUCCAGACCAGCGGGGAGUGGGGACGAUUUGGGCAAGUCGGCAAGAAGGAGCCUGAAGAGGCAGAUCGAGGAGGAAGAGGAUGAGGGAUAUGAUGAUGAGCCGGAUGGGAUGGACAAGAUGGGAGAGAGGCUUGUGCGCGCGAGUGAAAUGGAAGAAGGGGUGGUCAGGGUGACGGGUGGAUGGGAAGAGAGGGCAGUGGGUGAGGGGAGCGAAGUUCUUGGAAGAGAAGAGGCGGGAGAAUGA